CAUAUAUACAUACACACCCAGAGAGCUGCUUCGGAAAGCGUUGGUCUCCACUUUCAUCUCUGUAAUCUCUUAUAAACAGAGCUUCCGCAACACACAAGAACUGUGAUCAUGGCGGUCGCGGAGAAGGAAAGUACAAUGGAGGAAACUUCAACAUGGGCAGUUGCGGCGGUGUGCUUCGUCUUGCUUGCCGUUUCAAUCUUCAUUGAACAUUUUCUUCAUUCUAUUGGAAAGUGGCUAAAAAACAAACACAAACGAGCUCUUUACGAAGCGCUUGAAAAGAUCAAAGCAGAGCUUAUGCUGUUGGGAUUCAUAUCCUUGCUCCUGACAGUGUUACAAGAUCCCAUUUCUACCAUAUGCAUACCCAAGAGAGUCGGAGCCACGUGGCAUCCCUGUGAAACGGUGAAGAGUGGGACGACCAAAAAAGAUUCUGGAGAUUCCGAGGAUUCUGAGGACAGCAAUGGUCGGAAACUGCUCCAAUUUUUGGAUUCUGGCUUCUCUGCUCGUCGGAGAUUAGCUACAAAAGGAAACGACACGUGCACAGAAAAUGGAAAAGUGGCCUUCAUGUCUGCAUAUGCAAUUCACCAGCUCCAUGUGUUCAUCUUCGUCUUGGCCGUUUUUCAUGUGAUUUUCUCCAUACUCACCCUGGCUUUGGGCAGAACGAAGAUGAGAAGAUGGAAGGCUUGGGAGGAUGAAACAAGAACACUUGAAUAUCAAUAUCAUAAUGAUCCACAGAGGUUUAGGUUUGCAAAGGAAACUUCAUUUGGGCGAAGGCAUAUGAGCUUCUGGAGCAAGUCAACGGUUUCUCUUUGGGUGGUGUGUUUCUUCAGACAAUUCGUCAAAACCGUUACUAAGGUUGAUUACCUUACGCUGAGACAUGGAUUUAUUGUGGCACACUUGGCACCGGAAAGUGAAACAAAGUUUGAUUUUCAAAAGUACAUCAAGAGAUCACUUGAAGAGGAAUUUAAAGUUGUGGUGCAGAUCAGUCCAAUCAUAUGGGGCUUUGCAGUGUUAUUCCUACUGUCCAAUGCAUAUAGUAAGCAUAUGGCCCAACAUGCAAAAACUGUGUAUCAGUUGAGUGAAGACUCGAACAGCCGAUUUCGUGGAUGGCAUUCUUCUCUAUGGCUACCAUUUGUACCAUUGUUUAUAAUCCUGUUGGUGGGGACAAAGCUACAAGUAAUAAUUACAAAAAUGGGGCUAAGAAUUCAAGAGAGAGGAGAUGUGAUUAAGGGUACACCUGUGGUACAGCCAGGUGAUGACCUCUUCUGGUUUGGACGCCCUCGGUUCCUUCUCUUUCUCAUUCACUUCGUUCUCUUUCAGAAUGCAUUUCAACUGGCCUUCUUUGCUUGGAGUGUGUAUGCAUUUGGCACAAGUUCUUGCUUCAACAAACGCACUGCAGAUUGGGUCAUCAAACUCUCAACGGGGGUCAUCAUACAAGUUCUCUGCAGUUAUGUGACUUUGCCACUCUAUGCUCUAGUGACUCAGAUGGGGUCUUCCAUGAAGCCCACCAUCUUCAACGAUGGAGUGGCGGAUGCAUUAAGAAGCUGGCAUCGGACAGCCAGAAAGAACACAAGGCAGAGCCAUCAUCAUUCUGAGACAAAUUCACCAUUUUCAAGUAGGCCGGCCUCUCCCACGCACGGGAUGUCCCCUGUUCACCUCCUGCAUAACUAUCAGCACAGCAGCCUUGACAUCUUGGACGCGUCUCCGCGAAAGUCAAAUGUUGAGAACGAUCAUUUGGACGUGGUGGAGUUGGGAUUUCGUAAGAAACAAAUAAGUGGAGAAGAAGAUUCUAUGCAUUCUGAGCAGCAGCAAGAGAGGGAGAUUCAAGGGCAAAGUCCAUUGCAAUUGCUGCAAGCACCGGGAGCCAUCCGUACCCAACAUGAAGUCAACAAUAGUCUCUCGGAAUUCACAUUUCGCAGAUGAAUAUAUAUAUACCCACCAAUAGAGUUUGGAUCAUAGGAGAAUGUUGUUAACUUAUACCACGAUGUAAAUUUUUUUUUGUCCUUGACAUAACUUCUCCUCUCACUUGUAAUCUUCUUUUGUUUUUUAUUUUUAUUUUUAUUUUUAUUUA